CACAAAGCUUGACUCGUCGCGGUCGAACGCGAACCGGUAUAGCGGGUGGUGGAACAGCCUUCGACGGCUCUCCUCCCCGCUCCGCCGCUGCCUCUAACCCGAAAUCCUCCGAAGAAUGGCGAAGGUUCGCCAAGAAGAACCCUAGAGUUCCUCUCAAUCCUCUCACCCGUUUUGAUCCCAGCUCCUUUGAUUGCUGCCAAUCCGACCCGUAAUCCGGCUAUUUCAUCUUUAUAUCGAGUGGUCUAUCAAUUAUUUCCGAGAUCUAGGUCUUGGCCGCCAAGCAGCUGACCAAUUGGAUAAGGAUCGAUAUUUCUGCAUUAAUCCUUUGAUUUAGGGGGAAAGCUGCGAUUUCUGUUGGAGCAGGCCGAAAUUUUCAACAGAAUGCCGCCGAUUCUAUCGUCUCCUAAGGCGAUUGCUAGGCUUCUAUCAGGAAGAAAUCGAUCUCUGGAUCUCAAUGCUCGACUUGGAUUUGUGAGAAGGUACCUUGAUACCCGGAGGAGGUGGGAGAGAUUUGCUCAGAGUCGAUGUUUGGCCAGCUUUGCUCGCUAUGGAAACCCUUGCGCUGGGCAAUUGUUUCGUUCUGCAAAAGACCUCGUUCCCUCCGUCGGUAAUUUGCAUCGCUACGAUCAGGGAAGAUGGUUUCUUGGUUGUGGGGAUGGGGAAGAAGGAUCUCUUCUUUCUAAGAUCUAUGAGGAGCGGCGUGUGAUGGGGUACUCUCCAGAGCAGUUAUUUUCGGUGGUUGAAGCUGUUGACCUGUAUGAAGACUUUGUGCCAUGGUGCCAGCGAUCUACGAUUAUUAAGCGGAAUAGUGAUGGAUCAUUUGAUGCUGAGCUAGAGAUAGGUUUCAAGUUUCUCGUUGAAAGUUAUGUUUCUCAUGUAGAAAUGGAGAAACCAAAGUAUCUUAAGACCACUGCUUCACAAAGCGGGCUUUUUGACCAUUUGAUCAACAUUUGGGAAUUUAAUCCGGGACCAGUUCCUGGAACUUGUGACCUUUAUUUCUUGGUGGAUUUUAAGUUUCAGUCACCACUAUAUCGUCAGGUGGCAUCAAUGUUUUUUAAGGAAGUAGUCUCCCGACUGGUCACUUCUUUCAGUGAUCGUUGUCACAGAAUUUAUGGUCCUGCCAUCCGGGUGCUUGAAACACCUUAUGGGCAAACCACUAAGCCUGGUCAGUCAUCUUGAGCAGGUUAAGUGAUGAAGAGGUCUGCCAAAGGGCAGUGAAUAGUCUUAGGGUAACAUGAUUCGGAGUUAGCUGGCCUAUUUUCAACUGGAACUUCAUGGAUCAGCCUGAUCAACAACAGAAUAUCCAAAUUUUCUCGACACCAUAUUCACCAUUUUUUCUUUCUAUCCUCAAGCCCUGAAAAAUUAUUGUGCAAGGAUUCUUUGUUGGGACAGCACCUGAAUCUUGUAUCUUUACAUAUCAUCUUGAUAAGAGACAUGCAAACAUGAAAUUUAAAUAUUUUUACCUGCAAGCAGCAUUGAUAUUGCAGAGGAGAUUAAACUGCA